AUGUGCACAGGAGAGUGUGCCCGCUUCGUGGGGCUCUCCCUCAUCGCCCUCUCGCUGGUCUGCAUCGUGGCCAACGCCCUCCUGCUGGUGCCUAAUGGGGAAACCACUUGGACCGGGCAACUCAGCUUGCAAGUCUGGUUAAUGGGCGGCUUCAUCGGCGGGGGCCUGAUGGUACUGUGUCCGGGAAUUGCAGCCGUUCGGGCAGGGGGCAAGGGCUGCUGCGGGGCAGGCUGCUGUGGAAAUCGCUGCAGGAUGCUGCGCUCGGUCUUCUCCUCGGCGUUAGGGGUCCUUGGUGCCCUCUACUGUCUCUCAGUAUCGGGAACCGGGCUCCGAAUUGGACCCAAAUGCCUCAUGGACGACUCGUGGGGCUACCACUUCCAAGAGACCUCAGGCUCUUACCUGCUCAACCAUACCCUCUGGAGCUUGUGCGACAGCCCGCCUAAGGUGGUCUGCUGGAAUGUGACGCUCUUCUCGCUGCUGGUGGCCGCCUCGUGCCUGGAGCUCCUGCUGUGUGGGGUGCAGGUGGUGAACGCCACCUUUGGCGUCGUCUGCGGCGACUGCAGGAAGAAGCGGGAGACACCCAAUCGAUGUCCGCUGAAGCCAGCUGCUGGGGCAUGUCGGCAGCACAGGGCCCACAGCAGCAGCAGCUUGGCUCCCGAGCUCCGCUCCAUCCUGCAGCCUGUGUGGGUCGGGGCCCCUUAA